AGCAGACUGCACCGGAAGUGCACGCGCAGGUCUCUCCGCCGAGCCGCGGUGGCAUCAUGCUCACAGCUAAAGGCGAGAUCAGCGGACAAUAUGUUUGAUUGUUUCUUAAAUACUUUCUGGGGACCUCCACUAUCCACUGACAGAGACCCGACCAGGGUUAUUCUUUUAUAAAAACAGCAUGCGGUGACUGAGCCUUGCCUGUUGGAGGCCGAUGAAGGAUGAAGAGCCCAGUGCGCCGAUGCAGAGAUGUGGAGCACGGCCGCAGCCGGUCCUCCUCCAAUGGGACCGGCCAUGGGACAGACCUCCUACAGCCCGAGCAGCGCAUCCCCAUCUCCAAAGAUGUGAUCACAGCAUACUCAGCCCCUGGCAUGUGGUUCAUCAAAGACGCUUGUGGGAUAGUGGGUGCCAUCAUCACCUGGCUGCUUGUGUUUUACGCCGAGUUUGUAGUGCUGUUCGUGAUGUUGCUCCCGGCGAGGAACCUGACUUACAGCAUUGUGAAUGGACUGCUGUUCAACUCAUUGGCCUUCCUCGCCCUCGCCUCACACCUCAGAGCCAUGUGCACUGACCCGGGGGCUGUGCCAAAAGGUAAUGCAACCAAGGAGUAUAUCGAGAGCCUUCAGCUGAAGCCUGGACAGGUCGUUUACAAAUGUCCCAAGUGCUGCAGUAUCAAGCCUGACCGAGCACACCACUGCAGUGUUUGCAAACGGUGUAUCCGGAAAAUGGACCAUCACUGUCCUUGGGUCAAUAACUGUGUAGGAGAGAACAACCAAAAGUACUUUGUACUCUUCACAAUGUACAUUGCACUCAUCUCUUUGCACGCUUUAAUCAUGGUGGUCUUCCAUUUUCUUUACUGCUUUGAAGAUGAUUGGUCCAAGUGCAGCUCCUUCUCUCCUCCAGCCACAGUCAUCCUCCUUAUCCUCUUGUGCUUCGAGGGCCUUCUCUUCCUCAUCUUCACUUCUGUGAUGUUUGGCACCCAGGUUCACUCCAUCUGCACCGACGAAACUGGCAUCGAGCGCCUGAAAGGAGAGGUGGGAAAAUGGGAGAAGGUCCCAUGCUGGGAAGCCAUGCAGACUGCGUUUGGAGGGCCCCUGUCUUUGUCCUGGUGCAGCCCCUUCUCUGGACUGACCUGUAAACAGACACCACAGGAGCACAUCCCCGUCCCACAAGGAGAGAUCAUCAAACAGGACAUUAUCGAAAUACCACUCUCCUAAACCUAACCUUAACUUGUCUCUAAACGCUACACAAGAUGUCAGCCAGGGCUUUCUAACAGACAGGAACCAGCCAUAAGAGAUGCAAUAUUUAUAUUUUUAUCUUCUGACUUUAAACCACUGUUCAGGCUCUGUAAAUCUUCCAAGACAAAUACUGCAUAUUACUGUAGGUGUUAAUUGGUCUGAUGAAUGAAUGCACAGAUGAGAAUAUUUGAUAAUUGAACAACUUUUGGGCAGUUUGUUUUACUUGAUGCUUUAUAUGUUUGUAUCACAAACUGGGAAUUAGUUUUGGUUGGUACCUUUUGUCAAUGUAGUUAGUAUAAUAGCAUGUGUACAAGGUUUUCGGUAUCAUAAAGAACAACUAUAUCUGCAGAUAGAAAUUUAGAAUGAUAUUUUGAUUCCUUAAUAAGUCUUGUGAGAAUUAGCCACAGUGCAGUUGUAGUGUGAUAUAGUUACUGUUGCAAAUCGACACUUAAGUUUUAUGUUACUCAUUAUUUAUUAUUACGUUACGGAGAAUGCAAGAAGGCAUUUCCAACCAUCUGGAAGUUAUUCCAUUGUACUGUAUUUUUCACUGUUUACAUCUUUAAUUAAUUAGCACUCAAAAUCUUUCUAAAGCAUGAACCACUUGCCUAUUGCCUUUUUAAGUGUUUUAGAUCACACUGUGCCUUAACUCCUUCUGUGUGUGACUUUGUGGGGAAAAAUAUAUUUCCUAUAUGUUUA